AUGGAUAAUCAAGUGACAGAUGAAAGUGACGUAGUAAAUAAUUCAAGCGAAGAUAUAAAAAAGAAAGAAAAAAUUGGAAAGAAGAAAAAAACAAAAAAACAAAAAAAGGAAGUUAAAAAAAGUGAUAUCAUUAGUUGUAUAACAUUUUUAUCAAGAGGAAAAAAAAAAAAAAGUCUCAAAGAAAGUAACGAUGAGCACGAAAAAUAUGAUGAAUAUGAAAAAUAUUCAAGUGAUUAUAAUACCUCUGAUGGCUCAUCCAAUGAAGAGAAAAGUCAUAAACAUAAAAAAAAAAGGAAAAAAGGAAAAAGCGACAAAUAUGACGUCCUCGAAAAUAUAUUUAAUGAUGAAAGAGAAUAUAAGAAAAACAUUGUUGAUGAUAAUUUAAUUUCAAAGGAUAAGAAAUAUGUGUAUGAAGAUGAAUUAAAUAUUGAAGAAAAUGAUUCUAUAGUUAUAAAUGGGAAAAUAUAUAGUGAUAUGGGUACUAUAGAAAUACAUAUUUUUAAUUAUGAUGAAGAUAUAUUUAAUAUUUAUGAUGAUGUUAUAAUAGAUAAUUAUCCUCUAUGUAUUGAAACAAUAUAUCAAUCAUAUUUUAAUGAAAAAAAUAUUCUAGCUGUUGGUACUUUGAAUCCUAGUAUUGAACUGUGGGAUAUAAAUAACAUCGAUAUGUUAGAACCAUUACAUUUUUUAGGAGAUGAUGAAAUGAAAAUAUUAAAAAAAAAUAAAAAGAGAAAACUUAAAAAAAAUAAUAAUAUACAUAAUGAAAAUGAAAAUAUAAAAAAUAUAUCUAAAGAAGAAAUUAAGGGUCAUACUGAUUGUGUUACAUCUUUAAAUUCAUCAAAAUUAUUACCUUCUUUAUUAGUUAGUGGUUCAAAAGAUAGUACUAUUAAAUUAUGGGAUUUAAAUAAUUUAAAUAAUUUACAUACUUUUUCAUUUCAUAAAAAAAAAAUUAAUAAUUUAUCAUUUCAUUCAAAAGAUAAAAAUAUAUUAUUCUCAACAUCAUCUGAUAAAACAUUAAAAAUAUAUGAUAUAAGACAAAAUAAAGUUGCAUUAGAUAUUCAUUUAUCAAAUAUACCUGAGGCUACUAUAUGGAAUACACACGAAGAAAAUAUUAUUUUAUCAUCUUAUAUUGAUGGAUUUAUAAAUAAAAUAGAUAUUAGAUAUAAUAAUACUUUAUCUAAUAAACCUCAAAGUAAUUAUUUAGUAAAUUUCAAGUCAUUCGAAAAAUCAUGUACCUCUUUAUUAUCUACACAUUAUAAAAAUCUAACACUAGCUGGAUCUGAAGAUGGAAUAAUAAAAGCUUAUGACUUUAAUAACAUUCUCAAUGAACAACCUCAUUGUGUGUAUUCAAAGAAUCUUAAAAAGAAUUUAUUUUAUAUGAAAGACAAUGAAGAUUGGCCCAAUGUUGUCUUUCUAGGAUGCGAUAAAUUAUAUGAUUGGGAUUUAUUUGAAUGUGAAGAAAUAAAAAAAUAUUUCAAUUUAUAA